AUGUCGACGCUCUACCAUAUUAAACGGCUUUCAGUCUACAUUAACUUGUACAGUAUGCAGCCUUUAAGAAUACUGGAACAGUGGAAUCACCACCAUUACCAGGCUAUACCAGAAUCGAGGCCUUUACUGAUGCAGCCAUGGCAGCAUGAAUUUGGCUGUCCCGUACCAAGACCACGUUCUUUCUCACUGGGUAGUCGCCCGACGGGCACUGAUUUGAUGCAAGUAUCGUCAAAACAGAUUUUCAACACAUCGCCCGUUAUUCUGCCUGUCGAUUCGAAUCAGAAUUAUUGCAGCAGUAGCAAGCCGAAAAAUCAUUCUAGAAAAUGUGGUUGGCUACUCGUUUUCCUAUUGUUGUUGAUUACUAGUUUAGUAAUCUUAGGAUGGUGGAAGUUACGUCAGUCGCCAUCGGCUAGCAUCGAUUCAGAUGCUCAAACAGAUCAGGUUCUUAUGUCAUCGAUGACCCAACAGCAACACCAAAAUCAACCACCUUUACCACCACCACCUCCACAAGAGUCAGUUUACCAUCCGUUACCACCUCCACCAGCACCUUUAAUCCCCCCCGGCAGUCAGCAACAAUAUUAUGCGCAGCAGCAACCACCAACUGGAUGGCAACAGCUUUCACCUCAGCAGCAACAACAAUACUAUCAGCACGUUCCUCCUGCUCCUUUGGAUGGUCAUCGCAAUUACCAGCAGCAACAACAAUACCAACAACCGUACGCUAAUCCUCAAUACGGCUAUCCGCAGCAAUAUCAACAACCCCACUAUGGCCAGCAGCAACAAGUUAAUCCACAUCAACAUCAUGUCCAACAGCACGUCAGUCAUCAACCUGAAAUUUCUCAUCAAGGAGAACAGGCACCGCGAAAAUCUUGGGUGAUGGAACAUGUAGACAAUCCGACGAUGCCAAUUCAAAAUGAUAUCCGACAUCAUCAACAGCAUCACCAACAUCCACAUCAACAUCAACAUCAACAUCCACAUAAACCUGAACAGGUCCAGCAGAGUCAGCAGUCUCAACGUAAACAUCCCCAACAAUCACCACCACCACCACCUCACGUUCAUCAACAAAAGCCGAUGGAGCCUGUUCUGAGUCGGCAGGAAGAACGAGCGAAAGCUAGAAAUCAGGCCAGGACGAUGAACCCGAUCAAGAACUCAACCAAAGUUCAGAACGACGACGACAUUUGGGAGGAGAAGCUGUCAGAGAAUCAAACCAUUUUUGAGGUACCCGUUGAACUAAAGUUACGUUUAGAACCGGCACAGUUUUCGUUCAGCGAGUCCGUCGUGGGUAAAGACGGAACGAUUUUCGUGACGUCUUUCGAAGACGACGAGGACGUCACUGUCGAAGUAAUUGAAGAUGCUUGAACAAAUCAUUGUAGCCCACUUGUGUAUACAUUUUGUAAGUAAGGAUUUUUAAGAAUGAGCGUGAUAAAUAGUUUUUAUUAAAUCCAUGUUCCAUACGAAGAAUGUAUAUUUUAAAUCAGAAAAUCUAUAUCAAGUUCAAAAUGUCGGAUCAAUAAAACACGUGAAUUGAAAAAACAAAAAUAAUAAACCAAGUUUCCAACUU